AUGACUGAAGAAGCUUCACAAGAGGGAGGGGGUAAAUGUUAGCUGCUUUUUAAAGUUUUUCCUUCCUGCAACCAUUUUCCUGGAAAAAGAAACAUGUUAGGGUUCACCACUGCUGCCUUACACCCACCAAUUCCAAUUCCAAUCCCACCAAUUCCCACACCCCUCCACAUUCUCCCUCCAAAAUUGAUUUUCUUCCCACCUCUUCCCCUCAAAACCCUAACCCAAAAAAGCCCUAGAAAUCUCGGAAAGUUCGUAAUCUCCGCAGAGAAUGGUAAUGGGUUGAGCAAUGAUCCCAAGGAGGAAGAGAGAGAUGAAGAUGGGAACAAUAACAACGGUGGUGGGGAAGACGUGAAGAGGGAUCAACGGCCCAGAUUCAAUCUGAGGUGGGUUGAUCUGCUGGUGGACCCAGAUCCGGAUAACAUACUGGCCGUUGGAUUGACGGGUCUGCUGACGUGGGCAAGCGUUCAAGUCCUCUGGCAGCUGCUGUUCAUAUCGUUGGCCAUUGUUGUUGCUGCUCUCAAGUACUCCUUCAUUGCCGCCCUACUCAUUUUUAUCCUCAUCGCUCUUCUCUGACACCUCUCUCUCCUCAGUUGUAUAUAUAGAACUUUAUUGUUAUUAAUACAGGAUUUAUUUGAUGAAUUGAGUCUAAAGAUUUAGUUUUAGUACUUUUUGUCUUUGAUUGGAGAUUAUUUUUUUUUUUUUUCCAAA